CACACACAUACGAGCGAAAAGGCGCAAGAGGCGUGCGAGAGAUUUUUGUACAGGCAUUGUAAGGACAGCUCACUGGAUGUAAACAAGGGUCCUUAGGAAACCGGCGCAUGUUUUGUAUCGGAGGUCUGCACUGUCAAAACAACAUUGUCGUCCAGAAAUGGCACAUGCCUGCUGAUCUUCAGGCCAUCGCAGUGAAACAAGUGUUGAUGUAUGACACUCAAGCUAUUGACCCUCUUGUGUUCACCUACCCCAUAGUGUCCAGGGAGCAGUGGAAAGUUGAAACCCCGCACCCAAUCAACCCACCCACCAAAUGUCUUUAGACAGUGAAAACAAGCUGCUCAGUUCAUGAGUCACAGAUACACACGGCCCUUCUGCAAGGAAGACAAUGAGUAACGCCUAAUCCACCUGUUAUCACGUAAACUUCAGAAUAUGGCUUGGUUGUUGACCUUGUGAACAGUGGCGAUGUCUCAGCCAGCUCCAUCCCCAAUCUACACUUUGAGGGGUGCCAGUGGAGCCUUCAACACCAUCCACUUCAGCUGCCAUGGAGGGGACAGUCCUCUCCUCUUCUCUGGAUCAGCGAAGGGUGCCAUCCAUAUGUGGAAUUUGAACAAUAGGAGGGCAGAGAGAAUCAUAGAAGGUCAUUCUGGGAGUUCAGUUCUCUGGGUCAAUACAUUUCACUCAGCAGAUACACUUAUUAGUCAGGGACGAGACACGAGGGUCUGUCUUUGGAAUCUGAGUCAAGGUCGCAGUGAGCUGAUGGACUCUCUGAGUACAGGAAGUGUUGGAUUCUGUCAGUGCUCCUUGCUGGAGACAGGGAUGAAGACCUGCCUGCUUGCCUUUGCAGGACAGCAAACUGAGGAGCUCAAGAUUGUCGAGCUACCCAGUAAGACUCUGGUGUGCAGUCUGAUACCAGAUUCGAAAUUGGGGAUGGUGAUGUGUAUCAAGCUGUGGCAGCCACAAUCAGGUCCUGGACCCCUCUUGCUGGCCGGGUAUGAGGACGGAUCACUGUUGUUAUGGGACAUAACCCAGAGGUCCAUAUUGAGCCAAACCAAAGUCCACCUCGAGCCUGUCAUGUGCCUGACCUUCGACCCAGAAAGUCUGAGGGGCAUAUCUGCUUCUUCAGAGAAUAAACUUUCCUCAUGGAUGCUGGAUGGGCAAAACAACCUGCAGCUCCGAGACUGUGUGACUCUAACCAACCCUGGUGUUUCCCAGCUGAGUAUUAGAGGAGAUGGCAAAUUGUUAGCAUCAGCAGGCUGGGACCACCGCGUACGGAUAUUUGGCUGGAAGAAGCUUCGACCGCUUGCCGUAUUGCAGUAUCACAGUGACAUGGUGCUCAGCGUUGCAUUCUCCGACCACAAGGACCCCAGACAAAGACUUCUUGCUGCUGGAUCCAAAGACCAACGCAUCAGCUUCUGGUCGAUAUACAACGACGGACCUCACACAGUAUAGAUUUAGGGAAAAAUAUAAAAUUGAACAUAUUGUGCCGUAGAACAGGAGUUCUUAACCUUUUCAACCUUGAGGUACAAUUUUUCCUUUUCAAAAUGGCCUAGGGCUCAAUCGAAAAUUAUGAUUUGUGUUGAGACUGACAAAGUAUAAUGUUCCUGCACACAAGUCUGUGCUUGCAAUAGCUGCUGUUCAUGACUGUGGAUUUGAACUGCUUGAUCAACCUUCUUUUUCUCCUGAUAUGGCAGCCUCCGACUAUUCCUUCUUUUCUCCCUAACACGGGGGCGAAGCACUAACUGGCCAAUGAUGAGGUCCUAUUUGCUCAUUGAGGACUUUUUAGAAUGAGAGGUUCCGUUUCACAAGAAUACGAGAGCUGCAACACCAAUGGAAAAGUGUGCUUAUGCAGGAGAGCUGAUGUUGACAAUAAAACAAAUUCGGUUAAAUUCA